GAUGAAAGUUACAAUUUGGAUGCCCUCAACAAUCAUGCCAAUAUGAUAUCUAUUCUCACACGUGCUCGAGCUCGACACAUAGACACCAUUUCCAUCUCCGUGUCGACCGCGGUUAAUGUCAAGGUACUUCAUACUCUCUGCGAGGUGACGAUCGCUACGGAUGAAUUGCCGCUGUAAGAUGAUAACUUUCACUAUCCCGGCUAAUGAGGCCAACUAAUAAUAUUACACCCAUACCCGCUCCCAUCUGUGUAAAUGCUUCCAUUUAGGGAAAUGAAAGGUUAAGGGAUACUAGCUACCUAGAUGCACCAUACUUAUGGUAUACCAGCUGUCAUGGUGUUAUACUUUAUGGCCGGAUGAAGUGUCGGGAGAGGAUCUGAGGAUUCGCGUAAGCCAGCUAUCAAGAUCAACGGCAUCCCAUGGCAACCGGUGACUUCUCACUUCUUUAGUUGUCUUCUUAUGUGCACAAAGGUUUCGUUUGCCUGACGUUUAUCGCGAUGCAUUUCAGCACCUUGCUAAGAGCGUGCCUUAUAUUCAUGUUCCCUCAGCUUGGAAUUUCCCAGACAAUUGUUGUGGAUGGCAAAGUCAUCAACGCCGACGAAUCCACUGUCUCUCCCGCUUUCGUAUCCGUCGAUGCUUCAUCCUCUAACUCGACAGCUGACCUCUUUCCAGGGGAAACCCGCCAGCUUACCGACGCUGUCCUAGCGAACCUCACUGAUCUUGGACUAACUAACAUUGUACUUUUUAGGUUUGCUGAUCCUGCGACCGCCCCUAACCAAUCUAUCAUUGGACCCUGCAAAUCCUUUCCGGGUGAAUUUGUCGUUUUCCCUGGUCGCAUCACCAACCGAGUAUUCGACCUUCUCCUUGGUGGCAGUCUCAUUCAGACUAAACCGCUCGCUUCGCCAUGCUACACUGACUUCGGAAAUCAAGAUGCGGUAAAGUGUGCUGAGAUAACGUCUCAUUGGUUGGAUAGCUCAUACAUUCACACAAACGAUCCAACUUCCAUCAAUGCGAUACUAUUUGAGGGGACUUCAUGUGUGCCACACACAAUAAACCCGUAUGCUCUGAAUUGUACUAUUGGCGCAUACCCCACGAUGUCGGUCAAUGUCACUACCGUUGCCCAAAUUCAACUUGCUAUCAACUUGGCACGUAGUCAGAAUUUACGACUUGUUAUCAAGAAUACAGGGCAUGACUACGGCGCAAAGAGCACGGGAGCAGGUGCCCUUUCUCUAUGGACUCAUAACAUGAAAGACAUCCGGCACUACGAGAACUACCAAGAAGGGUCUUAUAUAGGGCCAGCUUUUAAGAUGGGGGCUGGUGUUCAGGUAUUUGAGGCAUAUGAAGCUGCGCAUAAGCACAACCUUACAAUUAUUGGCGCAGAGGGAAAGACGGUUGGCCUUACUGGAGGUUAUAUUUUGGGUGGUGGGCAUUCUCCUUUAUCAAGCCUGUACGGGAUGGCCGCAGACCACGUUCUCUCUAUGGAAUUAGUCACAGCCGAUGGCCGUUUUGUUACGGCUAGCGAAAGCUCCAACCCUGAGUUGUUUUGGGCUCUGCGAGGGGGAGGGGGGUCGACUUAUGGAGUGAUCACAUCCAUGGUAAUCAAAGCAUUUCCCGAGAUUCCUGUCUCAACAAUGACAUUUAGUGUGUCUACCGGAGAAAGUCUGUCUGUGGACCAGUUCUGGGAAGCAUUUCGCGUUUAUUUCGAAGGCCUUGCCAAUUACACCGACGCUGGAAACUAUGCCCAUUUUGACCUCAAUGCGACGAGCGGUAACUACGUUUGGAAUAUGGCACCCUGGUUCGCUCCAUACAUGUCUAAGGCGGGAUUAGAAGUUCUUGCCAAACCCUUCUUCAGGGCUGUUGACAAGAUUGGGGUCGAUCUAAAGCCCGUUUAUGUGGAAUAUACGAACUUCUACGAUGCUUGGAAUAACAGCUUCCCUCUUGAACUGUGGGGGUCAAACCUUGCUAGAUACGGUAGCCGGCUUUUCCCACGAGAAAACUGGGAAGACUCAACGAAACUAUCAUCUACUUUCGAAGCUAUUCGCCACGUAGUAGAUAAUGGUGGUGUGGUAUCUGGGUACAAUGUUGCUGCUGCCCCCAAGUCGGGAUAUCCUGAUAAUGCUGUUAAUCCGGCAUGGCGUGAAACCGUAUUACACGCUAUCGACAUUGUGGCGUGGACUCAAGAUAUGUACACUGAACUCAUCACGAUUUGGAGUAACGUCCUGACGUCUGACUGGGGCAUGCUAUGGCGCUCGGUCUCGCCUGGUUCGGGGGCGUACCUUUCGGAAUCAGACUACAUAGAACCCGGCUUCCAGCAGUCAUUCUGGGGUAGUAAAUAUGAUCGACUGUAUAAGCUUAAGAAGAAGUUGGAUCCCUGGGAUGUGUUUUAUGCUCAGAAUGCGGUGGGUUCAGAGGACUGGGAAAUGGGGGAUUAUAUAUUUGGGAAUCUACCGUCGCAGAACAGUCGACUGUGUCGGAAGGGGAUGAACCCUUCGCAGCAAAGGGAGAACGAGGGCGGGUUAUAAGAGGUAUGUAGUCCGCGCGGGUGGGCUGCAGGAGGCUCAGUCUUUUGUCUCGAGGCCUAAGCUAUAUCCUUUUUUUUUUUCUUAAUAAUAAUAUCUAGCUAGUAGGUAGUAUAUUUUAGGUCCGUACAUGUAUGUCCCAUUUUCAAGUAAUUUACUUGAUACCUUGUAGUACUUAUGUAGGUAGUUGUGUAUCUGAAGUAGGUACUCAUAAAAGGUGG